CCGCCCGCACAUGCGCUGGCCGCUGCCUCCCUCCUCCCCACACCCCCGUUCUCGCCCGUAGGUGGCCGGUGGCGCGGGGCCGCUUCUGCCGCCAUGUCCGCCGAGCAGGUGAGCGGCCUCUGUGAGCAGCUGGUGAAGGCCGUGACGGUGAUCAUGGACCCAGCCUCCACGCAGCGUUACCGCCUGGAGGCGCUCAAGUUCUGCGAGGAGUUCAAGGAGAAGUGUCCCAUCUGCGUGCCAUGCGGGCUGAAGCUGGCAGAGAAGACGCAGACAGCCAUCGUCCGGCACUUCGGCCUGCAGAUCCUGGAGCAUGUGGUCAAGUUCCGCUGGAACAAUAUGCCUCGCCUAGAAAAAGUUUAUCUAAAGAACAAUGUUAUGGGCCUCAUAUCCAAUGGAACUCAAAGUAUUCUGGAGGAGGAAAGUCACAUUAAGGAUGUUCUGUCUCGCAUUGUGGUGGAGAUGAUCAAGCGUGAGUGGCCUCAGCACUGGCCUGAUAUGCUGAAGGAGCUGGACACCCUCUCCAAGCAAGGGGAAACUCAGACAGAACUGGUGAUGUUCAUCCUGCUACGUCUGGCAGAAGAUGUGGUGACUUUUCAAACUCUGCCUACCCAGCGGCGACGAGAUAUCCAGCAAACCCUCACCCAGAACAUGGAGAAGAUCUUCAGCUUCCUCCUAAAUACCCUGCAGCAGAACGUCAACAAAUACAGACGCAUGGUUGGAGCACCCCAGGAGCAAGAAGCCCUCACCACUCCACAGAAGACUGAUCUGGCUCAGGAGCCAAAGGCCCAGGCAAACUGCCGCGUGGGGAUAGCAGCACUCAACACCUUGGCUGGCUACAUUGACUGGGUGGCCCUGAGCCACAUCACAGCAGACAACUGCAAACUCUUGGAGAUGUUGUGUCUGCUUUUAAACGAGCCUGAGCUCCAAUUAGGAGCAGCGGAGUGUCUCCUGAUUGCUGUCAGCAGGAAAGGUAAGCUGGAGGAUCGGAAGCCUCUGAUGGUCUUGUUUGGAGACGUUGCCAUGCACUACAUCCUCUCUGCUGCCCAGACAGCAGAUGGAGAAGGCCUGGUGGAGAAGCACUACGUUUUCUUGAAGAGACUUUGCCAAGUUCUGUGUGCUUUGGGCAGCCAGCUCUGUGCGUUGCUAGGUUCAGAGUGUGAUGUCGAAACGCCAGCUAACUUCGGAAAAUACCUUGAGUCGUUUUUAGCCUUCACAACCCAUCCCAGCCAGUUCCUGCGCUCCUCCACCCAGAUCACGUGGGGAGCCCUUUUUCGGCACGAGGUUCUGUCCCGUGACCCUUUGCUGCUGGCGAUGAUCCCCAAGUAUCUCCGUGCAUCGAUGACCAACCUGGUCAAGGUGGGCUUUCCCUCUAAAACAGACAGCCCCAGCUGCGAAUACUCUCGCUUUGAUUUUGACAGCGAUGAGGACUUCAAUGCCUUCUUCAACUCUUUCCGAGCCCAGCAGGGAGAGGUGAUGAGGAUGGCGUGUCGUCUGGACCCUCGUACUGGCUUCCAAAUGGCUGGGGAAUGGCUGAAGUACCAGCUCACGUCUCCUGUUGACACUGGGCCCAUGAACUCUAAGACAGGCGAAGGGCUCUGCUCCAUCUUCUCUCCAUCCUUUGUGCAGUGGGAUGCCAUGACCUUCUUCUCAGAAAGCGUCAUCAGCCAGAUGUUUCGAACCCUGGAUAAAGAUGAAAUCCCAGUGAAUGAUGGCAUAGAUCUGCUGCAGCUUGUCCUUAAUUUUGAAACAAAGGAUCCUCUCAUCCUGUCCUGUGUGCUCACCAAUGUCUCUGCUCUCUUCCCAUUUGUCACUUACCGACCAGAAUACCUACCACAAGUACUCGCCAAGCUGUUUGCUUCAGUUACCUUUGAAGUUAUAGAAGAAAGUAAGUUUGUUAUGUCUGUCCAGGCUCCUAGAACUCGAGCAGUGAAGAAUGUGAGAAGGCAUGCAUGCUCCUCAAUCAUAAAGAUGUGUCGGGAUUACCCCCAACUUGUCCUGCCAAACUUUGAGAUGUUGUACAGCCACGUGAAGCAGCUGCUCUCCAAUGAGCUGCUCCUGACACAGAUGGAGAAGUGUGCUCUUAUGGAGGCCCUCGUCCUUAUCAGCAACCAGUUCAAGGACUAUGAGCGGCAGAAAGCUUUCCUCGAGGAGCUCAUGGCUCCUGUUGCUGGCUUGUGGCUCUCUCCAGAGAUGCAGAGAGUCCUCUCAGAUCCUGAAGCCUUUAUCUCCUAUGUGGGUGCAGACAACAAAAUUACCGAUCCGGUCUUGGAAGAUCCGAGUGGCCUGAACCGCUCUAGAAUAAGCUUUUGUGUGUACACCAUUCUGGGGGUUGUGAAACGAGCUCGUUGGCCUGCUGCUACUGAGGAGGCAAAAGCUGGAGGAUUCUUGGUGGGAUACAUGCCCAGUGGAAGCCCAAUCUACCGUAACCCCUGCACUGAGCAGGUCCUGAAGCUUCUUGACAAUAUACUUGCUCUUAUAAGGACUCACAACAAUCUCUACACGCCAGAGAUGGUGGCUAGGCUGGGAGAAACGUUUGCAAAGGCCUUGGACAUGCUGGAGGUGGAGAAGAAUGCCAUCCUAGGUCUCCCUCAGCCUCUGCUGGAACUUUAUGACUCUCCUGUUUACAAAACAGUCUUAGAAAGGAUGCAGGGCUUCUUUUGUACCCUCUACGACAACUGUUUCCACAUCCUGGGAAAUGCAGGCCCCUCCAUGCAACAGGAUUUCUACACCGUUGAGGGUCUGGCCACCCAGCUCCUGAGCUCAGCUUUCAUCAACCUCAACAACAUUCCUGAUUACAGACUGCGUCCCAUGCUCCGUGUGUUUGUGAAGCCCUUGGUUCUCUCCUGCCCUUCAGAAUACUAUGAAACCCUCGUCUGCCCCAUGCUGGGACCACUGUUUACCUAUCUGCAUGUGAGGUUGUCUCAGAAAUGGCAGGUGAUCAACCAGCGAAGCAUGCUCUGUGAGGAUGAUGCUGCAGAUGACAACCCUGAGUCUCAGGAGAUGCUUGAGGAACAGCUGAUCAGGCUGCUGACCCGAGAAGUCAUGGAUCUCGUCACUGUUUGCUGUGUUUCUAAGAAAGGUGUUGAGCAUAACACUACUGCUGCUGUAGAUGGAGACGACGACGAAGCAAUGGCCACAGAGGUGACUCCCCCUGCCAGCGCAGAGCUCACUGAGCUUGGCAAGUGUCUGAUGAAGCAAGAGGAUGUUUGCACUGCGCUGCUGGUCACUGCCUACACAUCCCUUUCCUGGAAGGACACCUUGUCCUGCCAAAGAACUACAACACAGCUUUGCUGGCCACUGCUCAAACAGGUGCUUCCAGGAAACCUCCUGCCCGACGCUGUGUCCUGGUUUUUCAUAAGUGUGCUGAAGGGCUUGCAGACACAUGGGCAGCACGACGGCUGCAUGGCAGCUCUUGUCCACCUGGCUUUCCAGAUCUACGAGGCCUUGCGCCCUCGCUAUGCUGAGCUGAAGGCGGUGAUGGAGCAGAUCCCAGAUAUCCAGAGGGACUCUUUGGAGCAGUUUGAUUCAAAGCUUCUCAACCCAACACUGCAGAAAGUGGCAGACAAGCGCCGGAAGGAUCAUUUCAAGCGCCUCAUCACAGGUUGCAUUGGGAAGCCCCUCGGGGAGCAGUUCCGCAAGGAGGUUCAUAUCCGGAACCUCCCCUCUCUCUUCAAAAAGGUGAAGCCAUCACUGGAGACAGACGUGCUAGAAAAUGAGGAUGGAGAGGGCCUCACUGCGUUCUUUGAGCCCUGAGCCUGGGAUGCUGCAGCCAUCUCCUCCCCUACCUUAUAUUUUGUCUCUCUUCAUAGUAAGCACGUUAGAUUCUCCUUGUCAUCGCCUCCACAAGCAUUUGUCUGAAUAAAGCCCCUUUAAGGGUCCUGUCCCAUUCUCCUCCCUGCACUGGGAUGGGACCUGUGGUGGCAUAUGAACCAGUCUAUUAAGCUUUCCUCAAUUCCUUCUCCUCCUCUCCAUCAGAUGAGCAGCUUUAGACCUCCACUACUCUGCAAGGUGGGAACCAAGCACGGAGACUCCAUUAGGUACAGCCAGGUCAUCCUGUAGCCUUGGCUCACUCUCAUCCCUUGGGGUGUAGGAUUAAUGCACAAGGCAGAGUAACGCACCCCGUGAGAAGGGGCUCCCCAAGUCUUCCCCAGGGUGCCAGGAGGCCGGCUUUGUAGGGACUCGCAGCAUGCCUGUGGGUGCCUGUCCCACAGAUCCGCAUCCAGACAGGGGCUGCAUGCCAGGGGAGCUGCACUGUUCCAGCAUCUCUCUCCAUAUCAGCCUUUCUGUGCUUGGUGGAGCUGCUCUCUAGAAAGAGGCAGACACCGUCACACAGGCAGAUGUGUGUAUGAUCACGCAGCCUGUUGGGCCCAGAGCCAAAGGGCAGGCUUUUCCUUUGUGCCAGCCUCUCCUGGACAUCUCUCUCAGGGGAGCAAGACUGAUUGUUUUUAUUUCUUCUUUUUAGCAUGCCCUGUAGACUAGAACAUGGCCAGUGCAGGGUACACAAAAUCUGGACCAAUAUCUGAAGCACCUGCAAACCAAAAGGGAUCUCCUCACCCUGUUGCUGUGGAGGUGACAGUAGCCUGUGUUUUUACCCCGUCUGGUACUUAGAGAACAGGGGGCAUGGGGCAGGAGGGCUUGGGUUUAUACUGCAGUUUAUGGGGAUAGCCAGGUUAGAAACUGGGUUUUAGACGAGGUGGGACUCUUUAUCAAUCAAGCCACUCCAAUUUGCUAAGCUGGUCCUCCUUACAUGACAAAUGUUCACUCGAGUUAUCCCAGUGUCAGCACAGGAGCUGGGAGGGUCUGGCCAGAGCUAGCUGGCAGUGCCAGCAGCCAGGAGACAAAGCCAGUAAUAAACUGUGGCAGCCAGAGAAGGUGGCACCUCCCCUGGGACAGACUUGACAGAAGAGAGGGUCUGGGAGGUGUUGGGAGUGCAGGAAGGAAGAGCAGGCUGUGGGAAUCCACUUACCCUCCUGUGCUGUUCCUCCUGGCCUCAGAACAUUUUUAACCUCUGAGUUAACAUGGCUCCUGGCUCUAGCAAAGGCUGGGUGUAUUUAUUGUGUUGUGAUAUUUUUAACAUUCUGUGACUUCAUGCUAGACACAAGGGGGGUUUUUUAAAUGGUUUUUAGAACCUUUUUUGUAGGAAUGUUUAAAUCCAAAGCUGUCUCUGAACUGGUUGUGUUACACCUCUGAAUGUCAGUAAAGCUAUUCCAGUUUCGUA